CUUCUUCUUUAUUUAUUCUUUAUUUAUUUUUCAAUUUCAAUUUCAAUUUUCGAUCAUCGUCUUAUUUUAGGUUUCGCACCCCCAAUUUCCCACUUCACUGAUCUGAUCACUGGAAUUCAACCACAGUGUUUUAGGGUUCCUUUGAAUGGCUGCUCCCGGUGGACCUAGACAACCAGGCAAUUAUAACCCUAAUUCAGUUUCAGAUAAUAUGCAAAACCUGCAUAUUAAUCGCCCGAAUAACCCCGCUAAUGGACCUAGAGGUCCUCCUCCUCCUUUUGCCCAACAGCCGUUUUCCGCUGGACCUAAUCGUCCCGGACCUCCACCGCCCGGUGUUGUUCCUAGAGGUGUAGUGCCUAGUGGCCCUCCACAUGGUACAUUGCCUCCUUUUAUGUCUGCUAACCGCCCCACUGCCGCUGGAGGACCUCCUGGCGGUAACACGCCUUCCGCUGCAAGGCCUAUGCAGUCUGGACCGUUACCUAUGGGUCCUCCGGGUCCUCGUCCUGGUCAACCUGCACCGACACUUGGUGGUGGUCCGAUGAGUAACGGUCCGCCAGCGUUUGGACCGCCACGUGGUGUGCAAGGUGGUCCUCAAUAUCCUUCAGGUGGAGUUAAUGUUAUGCCAAGACCGUCGACUGGACCGCCGCCUCCGACACAAACCAUGGCGUCGUUUCUUGGAGGUCUUUCUGAUAAUCAGCCAAGAGGGCCGACACAAGCGGCGCCACCCCUGUUUUCAGCACCUCCGAGAGGUGGCAUGCAGCCGCCUUCAGGGCCGCCGUCGUUUUCGGCUCCGGGACAAGGUAUACCGCAACCGUCUUCAGGGCCACCGAUGUUUUCAGCUCCGGGACAGGGUUUACCGCAACCAUCUGGUCCGCAAUUUGGGGCUCAACCGUGGCAAAUGCAACCAAGACAAAAUGUACCACCUCCUCCAAUUUCUGGUUCUGCACAACCACCGAGAAUGUAUGGCAUGGCUCCGCCUCUUCCUAAUCAACAAGCUAUGGCUACAAUUUCACCUGCAGCAGGCCCCAUUGGAAAUGCGGUUUCAGGCCCAUCAAAAAUCGAUCCAAACCAAAUUCCACGACCCGUUCCAAGUUCUUCAGUCCUUAUACAUGAAACUCGCCAGGGUAACCAGGCCAAUCCUCCACCGCCUGCUACAAGCGAAUUUAUUGUACGGGAUACCGGAAAUUGCAGUCCUCGCUACAUGAGGAGCACCAUUAAUCAGAUCCCUUGCACUUCUGAUCUUUUGAACACAUCUGGCAUGCAACUGGCGCUGUUGGUCCAGCCCUUGGCCCUACCCCAUCCGUCUGAAGAGCCUAUCCAAAUAGUUGAUUUUGGUGAAGGAGGUCCCGUUCGUUGUUCACGUUGCAAAGGCUACAUCAAUCCGUUUAUGAAGUUUGUUGAUCAAGGAAGACGUUUUAUCUGUAAUUUCUGUGGUUUUACAGAUGAAACACCUCGUGAUUAUCAGUGCAAUUUAGGUCCAGAUGGUAGGCGAAGAGAUGCUGAUGAACGGCCUGAACUAUGUAGAGGAACCGUUGAAUUUGUUGCUACUAAGGAAUUUCUGGUACGCGAGCCAAUGCCUGCUGUAUUCUUUUUCCUCAUUGAUGUAUCAAUGAACGCUUUGCAAACUGGUGCAACUGCAGGAGCAUGCAGUGCUAUUAGCCGAGUUAUUGCUGAUCUUCCAGAGGGUCCGAGGACAAUGGUGGGAAUCGCUACAUUUGACUCAACAAUCCAUUUUUACAAUCUGAAACGUGCAUUGCAACAGCCAUUAAUGCUCAUAGUUCCCGACAUUGAAGACGUUUACACUCCUCUUCAAACUGACGUUAUUGUUCAACUUUCCGAGUGUCGACAACAUCUUGAUUUGUUGCUUGAGAGCAUCCCGACUAUGUUUCAGAAUAAUAAAACUGCUGACUCGGCUUUUGGUGCCGCGAUGAAGGCUGCUUUUCUGGCAAUGAAGAGUACGGGAGGCAAACUUUUGGUAUUUCAGUCAGUCUUGCCUUCUGUCGGUAUUGCGGCUCUUUCUGCCAGAGAAGCUGAAGGAAGAACUAAUAUCUCUGCAGGAGAGAAGGAACCUCAUAAGUUACUUCAAGCAGCGGACAAGACUAUGAAGACACUGGCUAUCGAAUUUGCAGAGUACCAGGUCUCUGUCGACGUAUUCAUUACUACUCAAAGUUACGUUGACAUUGCUUCAAUCUCUGUUAUCCCAAAGACAACCGGAGGGCAGAUGUAUUAUUAUCAUCCGUUUUCUGCACUUUCGGAUCCUGCAAAACUUUACAACGAUCUUCGAUGGAAUGUCACAAGACCACAGGGUUUUGAAGCCGUCAUGCGUGUUAGAUGCAGCCAGGGUCUUCAAGUACAAGAAUAUUUUGGAAACUUCUGUAAACGCAUUCCCACAGAUGUUGACCUACCUGCGGUUGAUUGUGACAAAUCAAUAAUGGUAACUUUGAAACACGAUGAUAAAUUGCCAGAUGGCACGGAAUGUUCGUUCCAGUGUGCGCUUCUCUAUACUACUGUAUACGGUCAAAGAAGAAUACGCGUCUCCACUUUAUCGUUACCAUGCACAACUAUGCUCAGCAAUCUUUUCCGAUCAGCUGAUUUGGACACCCAGUUUUCAUGUUUUCUAAAGCAAGCUGCAAAUGAAAUCCCUUCUACCCCGUUAUUGCAAGUGAGGGAUCGUGUGACAGAACUCUGCAUUAGUAUUCUUCAUUCGUACCGGAAGUUUUGCGCGACCGUUUCAUCAUCUGGACAGCUUAUUCUUCCUGAGGCACUCAAGUUGUUGCCUUUAUACACUCUCGCUUUGAUUAAAAGUAUUGGACUACGAACGGAUGGACGUAUAGAUGAUCGAUCGUUUUGGAUCAGCUAUGUUACCCCACUCUCUGUGCAAUUAGCAGUACCACUUGUAUAUCCCAGGAUGAUAAGUGUUCAUGACCUUGACACAAAGGAAACUGGUAUUCCUCCACCGAUACCACUUUCUAGUGAACACGUGAGUGACGAUGGGAUUUAUCUUCUCGAAAAUGGGGAGGAUUGCUUAAUUUACGUUGGAAGUUCGGUAGAUCCUGAUAUAAUGCAAAAACUGUUUGGAUUCUCUUCUGUUAGUGAAAUCCCUAGUCAGUUUGUAUUGCAGCAAUAUGACAACCCUUUGUCAAAGAAGCUAAAUGAGGUUGUGAAUGAGAUACGGAGCCAAAGAUGCAACUACUUACGGCUGAAAUUGUGCAAGAAAGGAGACCCAUCAGGAAUGACGUUUUUUUCGUAUAUGGUGGAAGACAAGUCGAAUGGUUUAUCGUAUGUUGAGUUCCUAGUACACGUACAUCGGCAAAUUCAAAGUAAAAUGCCUUGAUUCUGUUUUGUUUAUGAGUUUUGGGUCGGGUCAGAGUAUUUACAUGGGCUGGGGACAGUUUUUUUUUUUGGGUAAAGGGUUACCCCGGUGAUUCUAUAUAUCAACAACCAAAAAAACACAAGUAGUGCGGAAUGGGCUGGGGACAGUUGGGUUCAAAACAAAAGAAGCAAAGUUGGAAUGUUAUUUCAAAACAGGGCUUGGUUUCACCCAUAAAGUUUUGUUAGUUUCAUUUUUGUAGCAUAAAAUAAACAGCUUUUAGUUUGGUACAUGGCCAUUAGAACUAUAUCGUCUGUGAAAGUAAGUUGAUUUGUGUUAUAUACUACUAUUAUGGUCAUUGAAUGAAUUGGUUCGGUUUGGUUUGGUUUGG